AUGGCAGAGGAUAAUAAGAACGCGAGGCCGAUCAUUGCUGCACGGGAGAAAGGUCCCGGUCCAGGUCGAUAUGCCUUACCUUCGUCUGUAGGGUUCAUCAAACAUGAUCAUACGAAGCACAUGAGACCAGCCUAUUCAUUUGGACAGCGUUUGGAAAAUUCUAUGUUUCGUAAAGAUUGCAGCCCCGGUCCAGGGUACUACAUUGAUCCUCGUGUGACACGAGGCGGCAGAGACGGCACCCCUGCUUACUCCAUACUUGGCAGGCAAAUAGAUCCAAAUCAGUUUAAAACACCAUGUCCUCGUGCUUAUUGUCCCGAAAAAGUUCAUCCUCAAGGUGAACGCCAUGCUCCAUCGUAUUCUAUGGGAGCAAGGACUAGAUAUAGGAAACGUGACGCCGUGCCAGCACCAAACAGCUACACACUGCCACCACUUCUGGGUCCUAAAGUACCCAACAACGUAUCGUGUCCGAGCUAUUCGAUGACAGGUCAGGCAAAGACGGGUAGUUACCUUACAGAUCUGACUAAAACACCUGGCCCUGGCCGCUACAAUGCCACGGCACCAGACGUUAACGCUAGCAAAGCCCCAGUGUAUUCUAUGCUUAGUCGGAGCUACAUGCCCGGCGAUGGUACGCAGAAACCAGGGCCUGGAGCUUACAGUCCCGAGAAAGUAGUUGUAAAUAAACCCAAACCACCAAUUUAUUCACUGGGAAUACGUCAUUCGGAGUACGUCACACCACUGUUUAUAGAUGCCGAUUAAUUAAACAUCACUGAACUUCGUUUGUGUAAACAUCAUGUAUGGUGAUACAAUCAUGUAAUAAAGUG